CCCCACGGGUCAGCGAGAACGGGAAGAAGUGUCGAAAGCGGAAGGGUUUUCGUCGCGAAUCGCACCCGCCGCCGUGGUCGCAUCGCACGCAAACUUUCGAGUCUCGAGAGAGGCGACGAAGAGAGCGAAGGCGAGGGCGAGGGCGAUAGGGCUUGGACGAUGGGCGCUGGGGAAGGAGAGGCAGCUGGGAGCAACGAGAAGAGCAGCGGCGUCGCCCGGACGUCCCUGGACGGCCUGCGGGACAAGAACGUGAUGCAGCUCAAGAAGCUCAACAUGGCGCUCUUCCCCGUCCGCUACAACGACAAAUACUACCAGGACGCCAUCGCCUCCAAGGACUUCUCCAAGCUCGCUUACUAUAGUGAUAUAUGUGUUGGAGCAAUCGCUUGUCGCCUGGAGAAGAAGGAAGGAGGGGUGGUCCGUGUUUAUAUCAUGACUCUGGGUGUAUUGGCGCCCUACCGUGGUCUUGGCCUUGGAACAAAGCUGCUGAACCAUGUUUUUGAUCUCUGUGUGAAGCGGAACAUCUCGGAGAUAUACUUACACGUUCAGACAAACAACGACGAUGCCAUUGCUUUCUACAAGAAGUUUGGUUUCGAAAUAACAGAGACGAUACAUAAUUACUAUACGAACAUCACUCCACCAGAUUGCUAUGUUCUUACCAAAUUUAUCGUCCAGGCUGCUACAAACAAAUGAGCAGACACCGUCCCUGCUCUUGUGACAGAGUUGUGAUCUUGUUACAGUUUGUUCUUCAUUUUCGUUGAGGUUUAACAUUACUUUGAGAACACGAGAUUACCUUGGCUGCAUCGCUGAGACAUCAUUUUUACAUUGAUUGUGUUCUUUA